AUGCAUUCUAGCGGGGGUCUACUGCCGAGACAAACAGCAGCAGUCGCAUCGGCAGAUACCCCCAGCGACAGUCGAGCUCCACACAUCCUGGCCAUUAUCGGAUCCCUGACAGGUCUAUCGGGCUUACUGGUCACAUUACGCUGCUACGUGCGACUCUUUGUCCUGCGGAAGUUCCUCCCAGACGAUGGAGUAAUCGUUGCAUCCUUGUUAUGCGCCUUCGGCGUCCUAGCAUGCUUCGUUGGCGAGUCGCACCAUGGAGUCGGUCUUUUCUCUGACGACAUCAAGCCGGAAGAUUUCCAGGUCCUCAGCGAGUACAUGUUCUACCACGCCAUCGUCAUAGUGCUCGGUAUAAGCCUGGUCAAGGUUUCGCUGGCUCUCUUCUUGCUCCGGUUUGCAUCACCUAAUAAGAACCUGAAACGGUUCAUUGUCGGCGCGCUUGUGUUUCUUAUUGUCUUUACCAUUGCGUGCAUCUUGACGCUGAUCCUCCAGUGUCUUCCGGUCCGAGCGGCGUGGGAUUUCUCAUUAAAGCAGAAUGCCAGGUGCUAUUCGAUGAAGACUUAUCUGGCAAUUGGAGAAUUCAACAGUGCAAUCAACAUCGCGACGGACUUUGUAUUCGCAACCCUACCCGCGUUCAUGUUCUACAAGGUGCAAGUCAAUAAGCGCACCCGGGUCUCGUUGAUGGGCAUCCUCAGCCUUGGCUAUUUCGCCUGCGCCGCCGGAAUUGUGAAGACCGUUCUUCAGAGCCAACUCUUCGACGAGCCAGAUCCGUAUCGCGAAUGCCAAUACCUCAUUUGGAAUUGUAUCGAACUAAACGUCGGUAUCAUCGCUGCGUCAUUCCCGACUAUCAAGCCCCUCGUGAAAUCCGUCAUUGGGACCACGCUGAGUUUCACGAGCGGUGUGCGCAGCGGGAAACGCAACGGACAAGGAUACCAUGUGAGGUCUAGUUAUAUUAUGCAUUCGCUGCAGCAGAACCGGACCGUGAACGAAGACCAGAAGUAUAGUGUUCAGAUUGGAACCCUUGAUGGAUCUGAUAGGGGGAGUGAAGAAAACUUGACUCAGCGACCCCGACGGGGGUCGCUGUCGAGGAUAAUACAGACUACGGAGGUGAUUGUACACAGUGAGGAAAGUGCUGAUCUAGGGGUUAUGAGGAUCGGGCCGGCGAGGACUGUCGAUGACCGUGUAUGA